AUGGAGCCCGACUCCGGCUGGCACUCUCCGCCCUUGACUGAACCCUGCGUGGAAGCUGGAGGAAGCCCACAGGGCGGAGACCCCCGGAUUCACUGGAGCCAAGGCCCCAGCUCUAGCCUCGCUGAACUGGACCGGGUCGGGGAUGAGCACAUCAAGGCAAAGAGGGCCAGAGUGGAGACCAUCGUCCGUGGGAUGGGCUUCCCUGCCAGCCCUUUGGUGGGGUCAGGCAGCAACCAGGCCGGUGCUGGCCCGUCCUGCGUGGAGAAGGUCCGGGAGCGGAAGAGGAAGCAGAGUGUCCCCAUGCAGCAAGGCCAUCUGCAGCCAGGCCCUGCGGGAGACCGGGGCAGCAGGAAGAGGGGCCCUCGGGUGAGGGAAGAACUGCAGCUGCUGAAGCAGCAGCUGAGAUUAGUGCAGGAGCACCUUCUGCCGGUGGCCCAGCCCGUCAGGCAGACGAAUGGCUACGGGCCACGGCCCUGGGCUCAGGGCAACCGUUGCUGGCAGGGUUCAAGCGAGAACCUCUCUAGGGCUGAAGACCGUGGAGACCGUGAGCUGGGUCCCCAGGCUGAGGAAGCCAGGCUCCCGCCCCCCGGGACACAGGCCCUGCUGGCGAUCCUGAGCAAAGAGCUGAGCCGCGCCAUGUCCCAGGCCGUGGACUCUGUGUUACAGAAGGUGCUGCUGGACCCGGCGGGCCACCUGGCUCGGCUGAGUGCGAGUUUCCAGGGCCCGGUGGCAGAGGGUGCAAGCCAGCCCUCCCCUCCGGAGCGGGGAGCCAGCAAAGACCCCCUUCCUUUGGCUGCCUGGCCCCGGAGGUCUCUGCCACUGACUGGGUCCCCCUUGGGAGACUUUUCCCUGGCCAAGCCUCUAGAUGCUCGAAGAAUGAUCCCCAGCCUCUAUCAGGGUCCCCCCGUGAGCCGAACCUUGGCUGUGCCUAUUCACGUCCAGGAAAACCAGCUUAUUCGCCAGUUACUCGGUAACCGACCCAAGGGCCCCUGGAGUGGUGGCAUCCCCCAGGACUCAGCCCCCCAAAGUCAUGCCUGCUCUGAGCCGGCCCUGAGGCCUUGGGGGGCACUCCGGCUGCGGCACCCCCUGUCUCUCACGACGCCCCCUGUGUUAGAAGGACUGCCCCUUCUCUCCUCGGUGAAAAUGGAGGCGGGAGGUCUGGAGGCGGCAGCCGAGGCUCCCCCUUUUCCUCCGGUCCACAUCCAGGAGGGCCUGAACCCUGGUCAUCUGAAGAAAGCCAAACUCAUGUUUUUCUUCACGCGCUAUCCCAGUUCCAACCUCCUGAAGACUUACUUCCCUGACGUUCAGUUCAACCGCUGCAUUACCUCCCAGAUGAUCAAGUGGUUCAGCAACUUCCGUGAGUUUUAUUACAUCCAAAUGGAGAAAUCUGCCCGACAGGCAAUCUCAGAUGGCGUCACAAAUGCCCAGACAUUGGUGGUUCUCCGCGACUCGGAUUUGUUCCGAACCCUGAAUAUGCACUAUAACAAGGGGAAUGACUUUGAGGUUCCGGAAAGCUUCUUGGAAAUGGCCAGCUUGACGCUACAGGAGUUCUUCAAGGCAGUCUCCACGGGGAAAGAUGCCGAUCCUUCCUGGAAGAAACCCAUUUACAAAAUCAUUUCGAAACUGGACAGUGACAUCCCGGAGAUUUUCAAGUCUUCUAACUAUCCCCAGGAGCUGUUUCGAAAUUAAGAUCCCCCAAGUGAGACGGGACUGGCCAGGGUUUCCCUGGUUUGUCUUAAAGAGGAGUCAGAAAAACUGAAGUCUGCUU